CGCCCAGCUCUCUCUCCUUCCAGGGCAGCGAGGCCCGCGCCGGGGGCGGACGUGGGGAGCGGAGCCGGCGGCGGCGGCGGCCCGGGGCUCGCUGUCGAUGGGGGAAUGCGGGGUUCCCACCCAGGUCCAGCUGCUUCUCCGCGCCUGCGACCAGGGGGACUACGAGAGCGCCCGGCGCCUGCUGGGGCUGCCCGGGGGCGGCGCGGAGGCGGCGGGCGGCUCCGCUUGCGGGGCGGAGGAGGCGGCGGAGUCCGGGGCGGGCGAGGCGGCCGCGCCUCCCCCCUCGGUGCCGGUGGACUGCACGGACGAGGCCGGCAACACGGGGCUGCAGUUCGCCGCGGCCGGAGGCCACGAGCAGCUGGUGCGGUUCCUGCUACGCAAAGGGGCCUCGGUGCAGAGCCGGAACCACUACGGCUGGAGCCCGCUCAUGCAGGCGGCCAGGUUUGGACAUCUAACUGUGGCUCACAUCUUGUUGGAGAAUGGUGCUGAUCUCAAUGCACAGAAUAAACUGGGAGCCAGUGUACUUACAAUGGCUUCUAGAGGAGGCCAUGUCAGUGUCGUGAAAUUGUUGCUGGAAUCUGGAGCUUUUGUUGAUAAUUAUGACCAUUUUAAUACCAGUUUGGUUGACAACAGCAAAGAGGAACUGCCUGAUAUAACACCGCUAACAGCAGCUGCCCAGCAUGGAUAUGAGGCAGUGGUGCACUUGCUACUGGACUGGGGAGCUGAUUGUAAUUACACUGUGAAGACUGUGGGCUGGAGUCCUCUAAUGCUGGCAGCUGUUAGUGGAAAGGUGAGCUUGGCACAACAACUCAUGGACAAGGGAGCCAAUCCUAACCACCUAAAUGUGCUGCAUAAAACACCUUUUGAAAUCUCCAUUGGCUUCAAACAUAAAGACAUGAAAGAUUAUUUGGAAUCACUAACAACAAUCAGACCCCUGACAGAUAAUGACAAGAGGCAACCUGAUGUCUUUCAUGCUUUGAAAAUGGGAAAUUUUCAGUUGGUUAAAGAGAUUGUGGAUGAAGACCCAAAUCAAGUUAAUAUUAUUAAUGGUGAUGGUGCUUCUCCGCUGAUGAUUGCAGCUGUAACUGGACAGUUGGAUCUUGUACAGCUGCUUGUUGAGAGAAAUGCUGACAUUGACAAACAAGAUAACGUUCAUGGCUGGACAGCCCUAAUGCAGGCCACAUACCAUGGAAAUAAAGAAGUUGUUAAGUAUUUGUUGAAUCGAGGAGCUGAUGUCAAUCUACGUGCAAAAAAUGGAUACACAGCCUUUGACCUGAUAAUGCUACUGAAUGAUCCAGACACAGAACUGGUACGUCAACUAGCAUCAGCCUGCAUGCAAGUAGACAAAGACAAGGGUAAGCAGAACAACAAAUCAUCUUUACCCUGUUCUAGAAGUAGGCAAUCUUUAAAUACCCCGAUGUUGCCAGAUGACAAAGGAGGAUUAAAGUCAUGGUGGAACAGGAUGUCCAAUAGAUUCCGCAAGCUGAAGUUGACCCAAACAUUACGUCAUGGAUUUUCCACCAGUCAGUCUGUGCCUUUUACUGAUGAGCCCGAAUCAUCUCUGAAUUCCACAAUAAAAGCCACUUCACAGCCUGAUGUGAACAACUCUGGAAAUUGUGAGGCUGCAACAGCUUGGACCACAAAUAUCAAAGCUAGUGGUGUAUGCACAAGAGCAGGAAAGGAUGAUGAAUUAUUGACAACCAUGUUAAGAAGUGCUGCUCCAUUUACUAGGCUACCUAGUGAUAAACUGAAAGCAGUUAUUCCUCCUUUCUUACCUCCUUCAAGUUUUGAGCUGUGGAAUUCUGACCGAACACGAAUGAACAAAGAUGGCAAGACUGAACAGAUGAGGACUGCCUUGCCACAGCGCGGGAUCAAACAUGAUUUUAACAGCAGUGCAAACUCUGACAUAACAUCUGUUACCAAAGGUACUAGACCCAUCAAAUUGCCAACGUUUGCAAGAAGACCUGCUUCUCCCUCAAAUUCAAGCAACUUCAACCACUCCCCACACUCUUCUGGUGGAUCCAACAACAUCGCUGGAAUUAACAGACAUGGUGGAGAACUCCAUAAUAGAUCAGGUGGCAGUGCAGAUAGUGUUUUGUCUCAAAUUGCAGCUCAAAGGAAAAAAGCAGCAGGCUUACCUGAACAGAAACCCAGCCAGCAAUAUAGCUCAAUCCACACAGCUGCUUCAUCCACUCUUCCUGAAUUGCAGCAGUAUACUCAGAUAGCUGGCAAUGGACAUAUUGCAAAGCAGAAACUGGAGAUGAACAAAAGACCUCCAUCUGGGACCUCAUCUACAUCUAAAAGCACAUCACCAACUCUCACACCAUCCCCAUCCCCAUCUCCAUCCCCUAAGGUUCACAAUGCGGAGUCCUCUCUCUCUUCCUCUCACAGACAAGCCAAGAGCAAUGGUGGCUCCAGCAGUGGAACUAUUACCGAUGAAGGCAACCAGUUGGGGGACCACCAAAAACUUGUCCAUAGUUUGAGAACCUCUGACAUAGAGAAUCAUGAAAGAAGAAACCAUGUGAGAGUAAAAGGAGUUUGUGAAAACUUGGAGAAAGAUGAGCUGACUAGUAUCCUUAAAAAAUUGUCACUUGAGAAAUAUCAGCCCAUUUUUGAAGAACAGGAGGUGGAUAUGGAAGCCUUCCUCACACUUACUGAUGGUGAUUUGAAAGAGCUGGGAAUUAAAACUGAUGGAUCUAGGCAGCAAAUUCUGGCAGCUAUUUCUGAACUGAAUGCAGGAAAGGGACGAGAGAGGCAGAUUUUACAGGAAACCAUACACAAUUUCCACUCUUCCUUUGAGAGUAGUGUUAGUAAUACCAGACCUCCUGGCAAUUCUCAAUCACCUGGAUACUGGAUAAAACCACAAGAAUCUGUGCCUACCAGGAGGUAGCUGCUGGAUAAAGAUAUUCCAGUAUUUUUAAGCCUGGGGCAUGGAUGAUAGAGCUCAAGUGGACACAAGAAAAUUUGCAAAGCUCCGUGCUAAACACGGUGUCUCAGUACACUGUGUGCAGGAGGUUGUUGCAGUAACAUUGUUAUGACUCCAAUUCAGCAAAGCAACCCUUUAACUUUGUGAAUGAAUGGUUUUACUGACUUUAAGGGGACUACUCACAUAGUUAGAGUUAAGCACGUGCUUAAGUGCUUAGCUGGUUCUGGAUCGAUAGGAAUAAGGCUAGAGAGAAUAGUGGCAUAGGGAGAUGUGUAGGUCACCUUUCAGAAGUACCAGUUUGAAGAGCGCACCGCCAAGCACCACAGAAACGAAGGAGGCAAAAAGUUGUUGCAAAUUCUAAGAGCUUGUAAAUGUGGAAAUCUCUAAAUUGAAUAUGCCACUCUAGAAUGUUAUGUCUCUACAAAGGACAGAGACCAAGUUACAAGAUUGAAUAGUUUUGUAAGAAGGAGUAGAAAGGAAGAAUAUUGAUGCAUAUUAACUAACUGAAACAUUUAAUUUAAUCAGUGCUAAGAACACUAAAUAUAGUUAUGCUCAUGAAAUAUCUAUUUAUGUAAAUAUAAAAAUAUCACUAAUAAAAUUCAUAAUCUGUCACCAAUAUUUACACAGAAAUUAUGUAAAAAUUAGAUUUUAAAUUGGUGAUGUUUUGUUUGACAUUAAAACCAUCUAACUGACUUUUGUAGUAUCUACUUUUGAUUAACAGACAUUGCAACAGGUUACAAAACAAUUUUCAUAUGCAUAUUAUAAUUGUUUUUUAAACAAUGAAUGCUGAAAGGAUUCACACAAGAAUUAUGGAUGGAGCUAUUUGUUAGUGUUGUGCAUAAGAGUUUUUGUUGAGCAAUUAAAAUACAAGCCAUGAUA